AACCAUCACUUCAUGAUGAACAAAUUCAUUUUUCUAACUGGCUUUUCUCUGGCAUUGUGUCAUUUUGGAUUGGCCUCCGAACUGGCAUGUUACUUCACAAACUGGGCUCAGUACAGAUCCGACGGUGGCAAGUACGAGCCAUCUGAUGUGGACCCACAUCUGUGCACUCAUUUAAUUUAUGCUUUUUCCAGUAUUAAUGAGGAAAAUGAAUUGACAACCACUGAAACGAAUGACAAAACUCUCUACAAAUCUUUCAAUGAACUAAAGACAAGAAACCCCAACUUGAAAACUCUGUUGGCUGUCGGAGGAUGGACCUUUGGCUCAGAACAGUUUAGUAUCAUGGUGUCCACACCAGAAAACAGGCAGACCUUUAUUCAGUCCUCCAUCACAUUUCUGAGGAGCCACGGCUUUGAUGGUCUGGAUCUGGACUGGGAGUAUCCCGGUGCCCGUGGAAGUCCUCCAGAAGACAAGCAGAGAUUCACUCUGCUGUGCAAGGAACUCUUGGAAGCUUACACGGCAGAGGGUGCUGCCACAGGACGUCCCAGACUCAUGCUCACCGCUGCAGUGGCUGCUGGGAAAGAAAUCAUUGAUGCUGCGUAUGAAAUUGCAGAAAUUGCCAAGUAUUUGGACUUCAUCAAUAUCAUGACCUAUGACUUCCAUAUCACAUUGGAGAAUGUCACUAGACACAACAGUCCUCUGUACCGUGGCUCUGGAGACACAGGAGACAAUAUCUACUUAAAUACUGAUUUUGCAAUGAAAUACUGGAGAGAUCAGGGCACUCCUGUGGAAAAGCUGAGGAUGGGGUUUGCAACAUAUGGAAGAACGUUUAGCCUGGCGUCUGAAAACACUGGAGCCGGAGCUCCAACUAGUGGACCUGCCUCAGCUGGAAAUUUCACUAAUGAGGCCGGAUUCUGGUCCUAUUAUGAGAUCUGUACUUUCCUUCAAGGAGCCACCGUGCAAUGGAUUGAUGAUCAGAAAGUUCCUUAUGCAACCAAGGAACAGGAAUGGGUGGGAUUUGACAACAAGGAAAGCUUUACGACUAAGGUGAACUACCUGAAGGAGAACAAGUUUGGAGGAGCUUUCGUCUGGGCUCUGGAUCUCGAUGACUUCACAGGACAGUUCUGUGGGCAGGGCAACUACACUCUUAUUAGGCAUCUCCACUCACUUCUUAAUACUGAGUUUCCAACUCUCCCUCCAAAUACAACACAUGUGCCCUAUGAGACCACAACUUCCUCAGGAGCAGAGUGUCAUGAGUCGGGUUUGAUUUUCUCCCUGUUUCUUAUUUCCUCCAUCAUUAUUACUACUUAAGACUUAUAAUUUCCACACCUGUUCCUUCUUUACUCUAAUUUUCUUUGCUAUUUCUCUCUGCUGUUUUCUCGCCUCUUUGCCAGAUUAUUAUUAUGUGCUUUCUUACGUGUGUCCCGGCUCUUCAUGCUACAGGAUUCCCUUCUCGUGUUCUCUGUGUGUUCAUUCCUGUCUGAGUCACAAUCUAAGUCCCAGACUUAUUCUUGCCCCGCCGUGUACGUCAUACCCGUUCUCUGCCCAGUCUCCCAGCAGCCAGAGAUCGAGUAGAUCACUUGCGGUACAGAUUCUCUAAGUCCGGGACAGAGCCUCUGUGUUGUUGCGACCCCUCUGCCAAGACCUGGAUCGCUUCUGUUGACUUUUUCUCGUGAACUGUUUCCCAGCUGCGAGUACACAAGAAGCUGGUGCUCGGCAGACUGCCUGAGUUAUUAGGGCCCAAGCCCCUCAGGCACAGGGCCCUUUUGUUUUUCUAAGGAGAAUUUUUUUUUUCCGUCAUCCAGGGCUUUUUGGGGGCCUUAACAUGCCCACACAUUAACAUGCCCACACACAUUGGAAUCUGCGGCCAUUAGGAAGCCACAAAGGAUAGGACCAAGGCAUGGCUAAGGGGCUCGACAGCGCCCCCUUGAAUGGUGUCCAAAAACUUGGUCCGUGUAUCAAACACGCUUUCAUGUAUUUGUAUGAAACCCGGUACACAUUUCUCUGUGUGUGUGUGUAGGUGUGUGUGUGUGUGAGUGAGUGAGUGAGUGAGUGAGUGUGUGUGGGUCUCUGUCUGUGUCUCUCUCUGUACUUCUUUUGACUAUACUUGUGAGGACCAAAUGUCCUCACUUAUUUUGUGGAAUACUUUCACAACCCAAAACCCACACAUUUGACUGGUCCUCACUAUUUUAAAAGGCUUUUAAAUCAGCCAAAAUAUGUUUUUAUUUAAAUAUAGUGAUGGUAACAUGUUUCUGUGAUGGGUAUAGGUUUAGGAUUAGGGGUUGGGUUAGGUGAUAGAAAAUAUUGAAUACUGACCUGUGUUGUGGAAAUUUUAAUUUUUCAUAUGCUUUUUACCUGUAUUCUUAUGAAAUAUGAUGCUUAUGGAACAUGGUAUGAUGUUGGCUUCAUUGGUAAUGUUUAACAUAGUGUUAACAUAGAUGUUAGAAAUAGAAAGAGCAAGAUAUAGUAUGGGGAAAUGCAAGAUGUAUGUCUGUGCUAACAAUGUGUGGAAAGUUACAGCCACUAAGGGAUGUUCCAAAUAUGGUAAAAGGACAGAGGCUUCGGCCUUGGAGGUUAGAGAUAUAAAAGUGAGGGGAAGCUUUCGUUCUUGGUCUUACACUCUGCAGCUACUUGUGUUUCUGUAUAACCUGUCUGACCUUUCUUGCAAGAAAUAAAAGCUUUAAAGACAAUUGGACGUGUUUGUCUCUUAUGCAGUAGAGUCGGAGUUGAUUUUGUUUGCCACAACACCUGGUUUAAAAUCAGUGGAAGUCUAUGCAAUGUCCUCACUGAGACAGCAAUACAAACCUGUGUGUGUGUUUACCCAUUUUUUGAUGAACUUAUAGAAAUAUUGAAUGGCAAAUGAUAACUUCACACUCAUUUGAAAUUGAACCAUGACAUUAUAUCACUAUUUGGACAGGACUUCUUUUUAAAUGUCAUUUGAGUUACAAUUAUUAUUACCAACACCUGUGAUUUCAUGUUCUGAUUCAUACAAGACUUAAAUCUUUGUUUUGUGUUUACAGAGGAGAGUGUGUUUUCUUGACAUGGGUGUUAUAGAAGGUUAUGUGCUGUGUUUGCAAACGUCAUGUACAAUGCAUGUCUUUAAAUUAAUUAUUUAUUGAUAUAAUUCAAAUUUAUUAAAAAUCACUAUUUAAGUAAAUUUCACUUGAUUUUAUAAAAGUGGCUGUUUAAAAUAAACUUGCAUAUGGGCAUUUGCAUUUGAUCAUAUGGGCACCAGCUGCUGCAGUAAAUGUGUUGUAUUCAAAUAACUUUGACAUAGUCCUUUUAUGUUUACCCCUUUUAAAUGUGCACAGUUGCCCUGAAGCCACCGGGUUGGCGGUGCCACUGGGCUUGGGUCCGCCAUCGCUGCUUGCAGCUAUAUUUCCUGUUAUUAUUAAUAAACUGUAUCUUAACUGCC